UGAAAUCCUCAGUGUGAACCUUGUGGGGGUUUACUUGGAAAAGGGGUAGCGAGAAAUUGCAGAAUCUAGGGGAGACGCCUCCAUUAUCAGUUUUUUUCUACAGGCGUUGUUUUUACCUAACCCUACCAUUUGCCGAUCUUCCAUUUAGGGUUUUUCGCUUCAAGCGAAGAACGGUGUAAAUAGUAUCCCUAUCCCUCCGAUGCACCAAGGGAAUUGAAAAUAGAGUAAAAGAAAAAAAAAAAACAAAAAAAGAGGUGAAAAAUUUGUCUGUAUUAUAUAGGUAAUUCUGUUGUUUUGCAUGUUUGUCCACUCAGGUAAUUUCUGACGCUUCUCUGGAUUUUUUUUCAUUUGAAUUUUUUUUGAUUCAGAAUUUGAAUAUCUGCGAGGGUUUGAAUUUUUUUUGGUUCGUUUGACUUUUAGAUUUGGGGCUGGGAUUUAGUAGAUCGGGCUUGGGUUUGGUUGUCCAUGGUGUUUGAUUAAUAUCUUCUGUUUAUCUGUAAUAUUUGGGAGCUAAUUUUGCUUUUAGAAGUAAUAUUGUUAGUUUUUUUUUUUACCAGAUGGUGUUUUAAUUUGUUGAUUAUCGGUGUCUUUGGUUGUCGUUGACCACACGACUUUGCUUUAUUAUACAGUUUUUCUUUUUAUAUAAAUUUUUAUGAAUUUUAUUUUUAUUCUGUUAAAUUCGAUCAUCAGGAGCAGAGCUGUUCCGGGGAAAAGCAUGUACAGUAGGAUCACUAAAUGCAGUGCUGGGGAUUGCCAAAUAUUCUUGAUGUCACGGUCUUCACCAUUGGCACCACAGUUUCUUUGAAACUGCUCAAGGUCUAGGUUUCUAUUUACUGCUGCACCUGAGCUUUUUAUAUUUAAGCGUGUUUAUAGAUAUUGGGCUAGUAGAUAGAAAUGGAAGCAAAAAUCGCAAAGGUAUCGGAUAGGAUUGCACUCAAUCUGAAGCGCAAGCGAGCGACCCGGUAUGCUGCACAUUUUAGUGGAGCUUCACAACCAAUUUUGGGCCAUUGGCCAUCGUAUGUAUCAUCAACGAGCAGGGUUGCCAAACGAAUGAGAUUUGGUGGAUGUAGAAACAAGUUGACAAACGCUGGUCCUCAUAUUGGGCAGUCCUUAGUUAGGCAUUUUUCAAAUUAUAAAAAGAGUGGGAGACUGGUGCGUUUGAUGUUCUAUACGAAUGGUGAAUGGCUUGACCUUCCUAAGGAUGUUGUUGACUUGGUUAAGAAGGAUCUUGAAGUCAAGAAGGUAGCUGUGGAGAUAGAGUUAAAUGGGUAUCAUCUUGUAUUUGAUUUUUUACAUCUGCGCAAGGUGGACUUGAAAACUGGCUUGCAACAACCUAUAGCUUGGAUUGAUGAUGCAGGUCACUGCUUUUUCCCAGAAGUCUAUACUUACUCUGACGAGGAACCUUACAAUACCAAUGAACAGGAAAAUGGAAAAAGUCCCGACUCAUAUGCGUCUAACGAAAUAAAACUACAUUUAGAAGUUGAAAUCAAUGGAGUGGAUCAAUCCAGAUUGAGUGAGUGUAGUGGGGAGUCCAAUGCUCUAGUUAAGGGUAUUCAAAUUGAUACUAAACAAAAUUAUUGUCAAUAUGAUGUAGAAGUUGAAGAUAGCAUUAACAAACAGGACUGCAGAAAUGUUGGUGAAGCUAUUCAGCACAAUCAAGACAUAGGUUUAGAUGCUUAUACUGAAUCAAUAUAUGGAAAUUUGGAUUUAAAUUCUGUACAAAAGAUGUUUCUCAAGGGAAUGAGUAGUUUUGGCAGUUCUGAUUCCGACAUAAUUGAGAUUUACCACUGCUCAGGUGCGUCAAUGCAAGCUCGAUUGGAGCUUUUCCAGAAGCAAGCUGAAAUUACAAAAAAAAUUCAUGGGGAAGCAAACAUUCGGUAUGCUUGGCUUGCUUUUUCUAAAAGAGAUCUGUCUACAAUGAUGGAGUAUGGACUUGGUCAUUGUGGACUAUCUGGACCAAAGUGCACAUAUGGCAUUGGUGUUCAUCUUGCUGCUGCUUCCUGCCCUGAUGCCAGUGUACGUUAUUGUGAUGUUGACGAAAAUGGGGUUCGACACUUGGCCCUCUGUCGUGUAAUAAUGGGGAACAUGGAGAUUCUCUGUCCUGGCAGUGGUCAGUUUCAACCCAGUAGUUGUGAAUAUGAUAGUGGGGUGGAUGAUAUUCAGUGUCCGCGAUACUAUGUUGUGUGGAAUAUGAACAUGAACACCCAUAUCUAUCCCGAAUUUGUUAUUAGCUUCAAGGUCCCUUCUGAUGCCGAAGGUCAUUUUUGUGGACAUAAGGUUAAUACAGCCUCUCGCAGUCCUCUUGGCCUCUCGGAGACAUCCGCAAUAGAUAAUGGAAAAGCUCAUAGUGUAGUUGCUAGCACUCCAAAAGUCCCGAAAUCCCCUUGGAUGCCUCUACCUGUGCUUUUUGCUGCUAUCAGAAAUCAGGUUCCGUCCAAGGAUAUGAAUCAUAUCAAAACACAUUAUGAACAAUUCAGGUCAAAGCAGAUAUCCCGGGAUGAUUUUGUGAAGAUGCUGAGGUUAAUAGUUGGAGACGCUCUGUUGAGAGCUACAAUAAAUGAUCUUCAAUACAAGAUACCUUCUAAUGGGGGAUUAGAUGACUCAAUCAAGAAGGAAGGCUAAGGCUGUCUUCCUAAUGGAAGAUGAAGGUGGAGAUCUUUGGCCUUGGAAUUUAAUAUUGUAAACUUCUGGAUAAAUAAAAAAAUGGAGCUGUGAUAUUGUUUCUCUAGGCAAACUUUCCUUUUCAUUAUUUCCUUAUGUCAUCCUCCUUUGGACCUGCUACCCAUGUGCAACUGGAACUUCGUUAGAGUUUAUUUUAAUUUGUCUGUUGAUUA